UCGCUCUCUGUUUAUAUCUCCCUCACCCUCCCUCACCCUCUCUCUCUCAGAUUAUCUUCAUCAUCCUGCCGCUGAGAUGUCGUCUUCAGAAGGAGGAACUGGAGGAGCUCCAGGAGCCCCAGAGGGUGAGGGAGGCCCUCCGGCUGCAGCCCCAAACCUGACCAGCAACAGACGACUGCAGCAGACACAGGCUCAGGUGGACGAGGUGGUGGACAUCAUGCGUGUGAAUGUGGACAAAGUCCUGGAAAGGGACCAGAAGCUGUCGGAGCUGGACGACCGGGCCGACGCCCUUCAGGCCGGAGCCUCACAGUUCGAGAGCAGCGCCGCCAAACUCAAGAACAAGUACUGGUGGAAAAACUGCAAGAUGAUGAUCAUGAUGGCAAUUAUAGGGGUUAUAUUUAUGGGCGUCAUUUUCUUGUAUUUCUUCUACUGAGCAGCUCUUCAGGGACGGACGCACAAGUCACAGGACGACUCUGCACCAACAAACCGCCGACACAAAUCCAGCCUCUCCUCAGCUGCUCUUCAUCCUCCUCUUCCUCCGCGACGCCUUCCUCAGAGCCCUCCACGCAUGAUGUGUAUAUGUGCUCCACAGCCUCCUCCCUCCGCUGCACCAGGCAGGUUUCCUGACUUUCAAUAGCAGCCGUGAUACUUUUGUGUUUGCUGGGAGUCGGUGGGGUUUAACUUCAUCGGGGCAGUUUGCAGAAAAGUGGCCGAAACAGACUUUUUCUCUCAAACACAAACUCGCUGCAGGUGUAAAAAUCUGUUGUCCCGCAUUUGUUCAAUGUAAACUGGAAGCGGAACAUGAAUAAAAACCUCCUGCUGCUGUUACAAGAGAGAAAAAGGGCAUUUAAGAGAAAUUAAAACCACUUCCAGGCUGGUUAGUCUGUGACAAAAUGUCAGAAUACACAAGUAGCUUCAUCAAGGUACAUCUUUUCAUUCUUGCUGUUUGGGUUUUAAAACUAGGCUAUGACCAUUUUCUGCUUAGUGUUCCUACACAGUCACCACAAAUCUCAGAAUCUGGUAAAUCUGUGACAUUUAUCAGUUAAAUUGUCAUCCCCACAUCAUUUUGUGCU